AUGCCUAUCGCGUUGUCACCGACGACGCAGCCGCGCAACGGCCUCACCAAGUUUACCAACUGCCGGCUCGUCAAGGGCGACCGGCUCGUCAACGAGGACCUCUGGGUCAGCUCGCAGACGGGCAAGAUCAUCCACAGCCAGGCCACCUUUUACGAUGACCUGAACCUGCCCGAUGAGACCAUCGACCUCGGCGGGCGAAUCGUCGCCCCGGGCAUGAUCGAGUGUCAGCUGAACGGCGCCUUCGGCUUCAACUUCUCCACGCUGCUCGACGACAUGUCGCAGUACGGCAAGAAGGUCAAGGACGUCAACCGGUUGAUGAUCCAGACGGGCGUCACCUCGUACAUCCCAACCAUCACCAGCCAGCGCCCGGAGCUGUAUCAAAAGGCACUUCCAUUUCUCGGCCCUUCGGGAAGCCGGCGAAUUGCAGAUGACGGAGCCGAGUCGCUGGGCGCACACUGCGAAGGACCCUUCCUCAACCCGACCAAGAACGGUGUUCACAACGUCGACGUGCUCAUCGAGGCCCAAGACUUCUCAGAUAUUGAGGCUUGCUAUGGCGCCGAGAACCUCAAGCCGCAGACGCCUGGGGGCACGAUUCCCAUCAAGAUGGUCACGGCGGCGCCGGAGCGAGGGCAGAUGAUGAAGCUCAUCCCCGAGCUGGCGUCCCGCGGCAUCAUCUACUCCAUCGGCCACUCGGAGGCGACGUACGAGGAGGCGUCGUCGGCCGUGGGUCAGGGCGCCACCAUGAUCACGCACCUCUUCAACGCCAUGCGCCCGCUGCACCACAGGAACCCGGGCAUCUUCGGCGUCCUGGGACUGGCUGAGAGCCUGCCCCGGCCCUACUUUGGCAUUAUCUCGGACGGCAUUCACCUGCACCCGACGACCAUCAAGAUUGCCUUCAACGCGCACCCGGACGGCUUCAUCCUCGUCACGGAUGCCAUGCACCUUGUCGGACUGCCCGACGGCGCUUACCCGUGGACCAACGGCGAGCAAACGUGCAACAUUGUCAAGAAGGGCUCCACGCUGCUGCUCGAGGGCUCCGACACGAUUGCGGGGAGCUCCAUUACGCUCCUCGAGUGCGUCAACAACUUCCUGCAGUGGUCUGGAACCGGCAUCCCCCAUGCCAUCAAGGCCGUGACGGCGACGCCCGCGGCCAUGCUGGGUCUCCAGGGCGUCAAGGGCACGCUCGAUGCCGACGCCGACGCCGACCUCGUCAUUUUCUCCGAGGACACGUCGAGCGGCUGCAGCCAGCUCGUCCUCGACGAGGUCUGGAAGUUUGGUACGAGGCUGUACCGCACUCCCAAGAAGGCCAUCUGA